AUGGCUUCUGCCGUGUGGGCUGGUGUUACAGAUGUCAACAGCACACAUCGGAUCGCUGACAUCGAAGAUGCCAACGCUACAGUCAGGUCUGAGCUGGAGAGGAUAGGCUACCUGGGCGCGAUAUCUGCGCACUACACCGCAACGCCUAUGGCGGCUCAUUUUGAGCUUCAUAUCGAGCAAGGGCCCAUUCUGGAGGCAUCCAACCAACGCAUCGGUGCUGUCCAGGGAGUCCAGGCCAGCAAAUGGUUCACCAUCACCGUUGGGGGCCGAGACAGCCAUACCGGAGCCACUAACUUUGAGAACCGAUCCGAUGCUCUAUUGGCCAGUGCGCAAAUGAUCCUGCGGUCACAUCAAGUCGCUACCGAGUUCAAGUCGUUGGCAUCCACUGGCCUCCUCUCCCUGGAGCCCGGAAGCACUAAUACCGUUCCCGGGGUCGUUACCUUCUCACUGGACCUGCGAUCCAGUGAGGAUGAGAAUAUUAACGAAAUGGAAGAGAUUCUUCGAAGGGAUUUUGAGAGCAUUGCCAAGGGCGAGAGCGUUGGAACAGUCACUGCGGGAUGCACUCGUGGUCGUGGUUGCACCGUCUCUUGGAAGGUCGACUCAGAUGCAAAGGUUGCCAACUUUGACAAGGACUGCGGUAUCACUGACGAGGAGGAUGUAUAG